AAGGUCAAUGAAGGACUCCACUCGUCCCCAAGAGUCAAGAUACUUCGAUUCGUCAGCCACUAAGUUAAGAUUCUAUCUAUGUCGCCCGGAAUAAAUCGGUUCUCGUACUAGCUAGUUCCAGUUGUGCAAUAUGCGACAUCAAGCAUCAAGUUCCAGAAGAAGACACCCGCGUUUGUCUUCUCAAUUUUUGCUUUUCGUAGUGUCCGCGUUCCUGCGACUCUGCUUUGACGUUGUCACGCACAGGAAUUAUCUUCUCAUCUCGCAGCAGAUCUGCGCGGUCCUGGGCGCGGAGGCUGGCGGAGCUGGAGAUAAAGACGGCGACGAGACAGCAGCAUCGGAUAAAACUGCGGCUGACAACGACGCAGUAGAGAAUGAUGAAAAAAGCACCAACGGCGACGGCGCGUCCUCCGCAAAAGACGGAGAUGAGGGCGGCGAAGAUGAUAGCGCCAAAAAAGCGAGUGAUGGGGGUGAUGAUGAAAAUACAGAAGACAAAGGCAGUAGUUCGGCACCGUCCGGUGAUAGUACUACAACGGAGGAGUCUACUUCCAAGGACAAUAAAGAAGAUGCAACAAAUACAAAAGCGGAUGAUGGAAAUGAUAAUGCAGGAGGCGGAGAGGACAAGAAGGCGGAUGAACCGGAAGACAGCGCGGCCGGUAGCAGUGAGAAGGGCGAUAGUACUAGCGAAAAGGGCGAAAGUAGCGAUCAUACCAGGGUCCCAGCAGGAGAUGCAUCUUCAAGUGCUGCGCCCUCAGAGUCAGAGGACCAAAAAAAGGAAUCUUCCGGAGGCUCUACGUCAGGCAGCACGAGCGACAGUUCUGCAGGCUCUACCACUUCCUCUAGUACAACUCCAACAGCGGGGACAAAAAUAGAUGAAGAGCAAAGUAGUUCUUCGGAAAAAACAACCGACGAGAGCACGACUGGCAAAAAAGACGCAACAGUGGACAGUGGGUCUUCUUCGACGUCGAGUUCGAUGGCGUCCGACGGUAGUACCGCAUCAGCCUCCGACGGCACCACGACGGGAACAAAGAGUUCAUCAGCGGGUAAGAAUUCAUCUCCAGUGGACGAUGCUGCAACUCCUGAAGAUGAUAGUGCGACGUCUAGUUCUAGCAUUCGACGUUUCGUCGAAUCUCCUUCAGGAGAUGAGGAGGACACCAAGUCUAAGUCAGGGGUGAACGCAAGGAGGUCUUCCAGCACGACAUCUCCACCAGAAGGCAGCCAGGAGGAAGGUCGUGUCACAACAAGUUCGGAAGCAGUUGCAUCGCGUCGUGUUCCACCGCCUGCUUCGCGAGAAAAUGAUGAACGUCAGAUAGGAGCAGGAGAGGAUCUCCUCCGCUAUCCGGUGGAACAAGUUCUCGAUGGCAACCAGCCUGAUGCGGACGAGGAGGCGACGAUGCUAGCACAACCUGACUACACCGCCGGGGAGAAAUGCGUGGACGGCACCUUUUGCCGGGGCUAUUCGCAUAUGCGUUGCAAAACUACUGUAUUUUCGUAUAAAAUUUAAAUAAAUGCCAGACGUGCACGACCAAUCUGUACGCUUCCAUAGGUAAUUCAGCAUGACAGAAUCGUCUAUUUGUCGUGUACGUGUUGAAGAAAAUGAAAAAUGCGACUCAGACUCCUUCUAGUACGAUACUUAUACUUUUGCAAAAAUGCAUAUCGUACGGCUGCAACGACGGGUUUUGUCUGACCCACGCGGGGACCUGCCGCGAAUGUCCCUGCGAGGUGGACACGGCGCAAGUCAAGGAGUGGAAACGGCAGAAGAUGGUCGACGUGCGCGUGGUCGUAUCCAAUGCAAAUAUGUCUGGGUCUGGAAGAAUGCAACUUGUGUUGCUGCAUUUGGAUGUCACAAAAAUCUGUAUUGCAUGAGCAGCCAAAGGAAUCUAUUUUUGCUACGCGGAGAGCGCAUUUGUGUUUGUCAUGCGGAAUAGGCACGAAGAAGCCCUUGGAAAAUCUGUGAUGCUAGGGCAUGCAAGCAUCACAGACAUCAUAACUCAUGCAAAACGCGCCUGACAAGUCUCAGAAUCUUCCAGACCUCCAAGACAUAAUUUCAAUUGAUAGGUCGCGUCGCCCAACGAUCCGGCCAAGAAGUACGGCGACUACUGCUACGGCGCCAUCGAACCGGGUAUAUGCUUUGCAAAACUAUCGUACUAGUAUAAAUCGCAUGACAAAUUUUCUCAGCAUGAGAAAUGUAAUGCGGAUUUGACUUGAGAAAGAAAUUUGUAAUGCAUGACUACGAUUACUACGAGUGCGAUACUUUUGCAGUUCAUAGGGCACGGUGUGCGACAAUUGGCGGUGCGCGAACGGCCGGGUCUCGGGUAGGCGGCGGGUGUACCGCACUGUCCCGCUGGGCGGCAGUAUGGCUCCAGCUAGUACUUCGACCUCGGUCGAUGCAGGUGGCGUGGUGGAAAUCGAUGCAGCCUCGUCGUCCCCGGCGGUUUCUUCUGUUGCCACGAUCCAAACGGCAUUCGAGGUAGUGGAAGGGUCCGUGCUCCGCUGCCAAGCGGGCCGGUGGCAGCCACUGGCGGAGGUGUGCAAUUCUGACAGCAUUGCCGGGAUCGACCACGCCGAGCAGCCUCUGGUGCUGCAAACCGGCCCGGAAGCGCUGGCGCGCGCGAUGCGCAUGUCCACGACCACCACCAGUACCACGACAAGCCUUGGCGUGGAAGCAACCCAGGCUGCCACCUGCACGAUCGAUCUGAAGGACGGCUGUCCGAACCUGAUGCUCUUCAUUGCCCACGACGUCGGUAGCUCCGGUACGCGGUCCAAGGUAUGGCGUUGUCAAACGUAGUUAAGCUUAAGUACAUUGAUCGCUCUUGCAUGAUUAUUUCUAGUUGGACUUGGUUUAUUGUGAUGCAAGAUUCUUGGCCGCAAACGCGAAAGCAAAAGUUGCCAGCAUGACAGGUUCGACACGGUGGAUGUCAAUGCUGUUGAGCCCUUUAUUGUCUUUGGAAGCUUGUCAGUAGCUUGCUCAAUGAUCAUACAGAAUCGGUGACGCCGGUUCUGUGUGGUCGUUGUGGUAGAUCGACAUAGUAGAAACCACGCAACAUGAUCAGCGAUCAGCGUACUAACGCUUGAGGGCGCCUCCACACAAAGCGCUCCUUCGUUGUGGGGAAGAGGACCGCGUGCUGACCGGAGAGGGGUGCGUGCACACGUCCCGCGACAUCCUGCAACCCUGCAAGAAUGCGGACGAGCCCGCGCAGUGCGACGCGCUAGCAGAGAGCCUGGUGCUGCGUCUAGCGGAGGGCUUCGUGGUGGAAAACAGCGACAAGUACAAAGCGGACGCGGUUUCUACUGGCGUGAUCCCCAUUCACGCGGUGGGAUACGCGACCGCGGGGGGCCGGCUUCGGCACGAAAACCCAAACGAAAUUUUCGCGAAUUACGAGAAAAGCGUGAUGAAGCUGAACAAAAAGGGGGAGAAGGACGGGUAUGCGUUUGUGAUCCGGGACUCGCAGCACAUGCGGGUCCUGCACGGGUGGGAGGAGGCGAAGCUGGAAACCCGCGCGGAAAAAAACAACCACAUCUUUUCGUUCGGCGGCGCGAGCGCGCAGUUUACCUUCGAGGUGCCGCGAACGCAGCUGAGCGACGACAGCCACGAGCGGAAACACAUGAAAAAUCUGUGCCAAAGAUGGAGCGUGGAGUUCACGCAAGACGGAGGUGCUAGUAGCAAGGAGAAUAAAAACAGCAAGGAAAGCGAUAAGAAGGUUGUAGAAGAUGAAACAACAUCAAGUGACAGCAAAGAAAACGAAGAGAAAGAAAAAAACGAAAAAUCUAGUACAACAACUUCCGCGGCUGUGCAACUCGUCCAGGAAGACCAAGACGAGAGUGAUCAAAACAAAGAUAAAGAGGACAAAGAGAAAGACGACAAAGCGUCAGCAGAAGAGGAGAAAAAAAGUAGUACCACAACGACAACGAGUAGCACAUCAUCUUCUUCCUCGACGUCUACAUCGUCUUCCACCGACAGCACGACCGAGGAGGACGUUUGCGCCUUCUUGGACAAGGCGGAAACUUUGCCCGCCGCUGUCGAAGGCCUGAUCGCGCUGCACCCAUUAUCAAAUGCAAAUAUGUCUGGGUCUGGAAGAGUGGAAACUUGUCAUGCAGGUUUUCCAUGACCCCUGAGGUCUGGAAUGCGGAACCUAGCAUGACAGAGUUUGUGAGGUCUCUGCCAUGCCUAUCCUGCAUGAGAAACUCCCUCCCAACUUGGUCAAAAGUGUACAGCUUUUGGCACUCAUGCAGCACAGAUUUUUGCAUUAUUCGGAUUUAGCAUGACAAGUUGCAAUCUUCCAGACCCAGACACUUUUGCAAUCCAUACCCAUUGCAGGAUGCCAAGAUCGCGUGCGGGAACCAGGAGGUCUCGUAUUCCAAAGAAAAAUCCCCCCUCCACAUAUUGAAAACGCACCCUCCUGAAAAUUUGUGAUGCAGAUUUGUGACGACAAAGCCGCUCUGUCUUGCAAGAAGGCAAAUUUAGGCUGUCCGCCGCGUUAUGUAGGCGAUUUGUAAUGCUACAAGGCCUACAGGGCAGACGUCUGCCUCUGCCAUGCUAGGCGCCUACAGCAAGAGGCCCCUGCCUAGGCUUGCGAUCUGCGUGCAGUGCUCUAGUGCAAGACAAAUUUGAUUUGUGUAUUGAAAUCCCGCAUCGAUCACAGAUUUCCGUUUUGAUACGGGGAGGGGGGUUUUUCAUUUUGAUAUUUCGAGCACGAAGUUUCUGCACAUCGUCGACGAGCCCGGGGAAGACCAAACCGAGGAAAGUGGGAAAACCAUCCUGUACGCUAGCUUCUUGGCGCAGCAACAGGGAACAGGGCAAAUGUGCCACGUGCAUUCAGGGGAAAACAAGCAGCUCGCGGACGCCAAGGUGGCGGAGGAGGAGGACCUUCCGCCCUGCGCCGAGCGGAAACUGGACUCGCCGUCGGAGCAGCGCGGCUCGGGGUAUUACCACCUGGCGGGCGGGUUCGAGGGCGCCCGCGGGGUGUUUCUGCGGUGGGGCGAAAAGUGUUUCGCGCAGCCGGACUUCGCGAAAGCAGAGCUGAAACCCAAGCUGUGUGCCUGCGGCUGGGGGCUGCAGGCGAAAAAAGCGCGCGAGGUCUGCGACCAGGGCGGGCCGCCCAGCAAGGAAGACGCCGAGAGUGCGGCGUUGCUCUGUCUGCAGGCCAUGGUCAUAUUCAACAUGUGGGACGACGAGGUUCUGUUUCUGGCCGAGCUGUUAGGAGCGCUGGCAGAGCUGGGGAAGAUGGGGCCGGACUUCCGCGCCGCCGGCAGUAUCGCCGCCACCUUCGGCACGCCGGGCUGGAAGCCUGCGGCGGCCAUGCGCCCGGUCCUGGAACGUGUCGGCUGGGUGUACGGAGCCGACGGCGACCUAGGGGACGAAGAAAAGACGACGAAGUUUCUGCGCGAUAUGGAAGUGUUAGAACCGAAAUUGCCAAAAUCGAAAAACUUGUGAUGCGCAAAAUCGACCUCAGUUGGAGCAGCCUCAGUUUCCAAGUGGCGCAUGACAAAUUUCGGGAGCGCCCAAAUCCAGUCUGUCGCGCUGGUUGGGCGAAGAAGACUGCUCCUCUCAUGCUACUCUGGCAGCACAUUGUAUAGAUACCCCUAAACAGGCUUACAAUCGGCCUCAUUUGCCUGCUCCCUAAUACAGGCUUGCAGUGCCCUACAUUUUAUGCAUCACAAAUUUUUCGACUUUGUCGAUUUCGAUCCUGACACAUCCAUACGCGACCCGGACGUCCUGCUCGCGGCGGAAAAAGGCCCCGUCUUGCCCGAGGAGCCCAAGGGCGGGGGCAACUUCAUACAGCUGAUCUGGCGCGGGCUGGGUGCGGCGCUCGGGAUCAAGAUCGGGGGCCGCGAGGUCCGGCACUGGGCUUACCGGCCCUGCCUCGGCCUGGUCCCAUAUGCGGACACCGACUACGAACAGCUAUGAAAGUGCACAAGAAGUUCAAGGAGUCCCCCACAGUACGUAAAUAGCUAGGCACGAAAAAGAGAUAAAAGCAACAGAAACAAAAGCAGACUAACUGGGAGCUUUUGCAUAUUAACAAUUUCAGCUUCAAGAACAUUCCUCGACUGUCGGUCGUAGUAGAAGUCCUCACGCAACAAGAAAUUGCACUAAAAGGGGACAACAGGCAGAGUUGCUGCAAUUUAGCAUGAGAAGUUGAGGAAUGAAAAUCGAAACAAGUGGGCGACUUGAUGUGCUGCGGCACUUUGAUAGAAACUCGAGAAAAGUGUGAAGUCCGACCUGGAAAUGUGGGACUCGGGUAUGGCCUGCUCAGAUCGAACAAUGAUCGCGGCAAGUGGAACAAUUUGUAUGUGCAAAAUGUGGAUGAUCUGGUGUGGUUAGCUAUCAGAGACGAGUGUAGCAUGACAAAUCUCUGACACACCUCCAAACCGUUUUGAGAUUAUGCCCACAAAAUUUGCGAUGCGAAGCGGGAGCAAACAAGCCCUUGAUGCAACACAAAUUUCGGCUUUCCAUCAUCUGGUUAGAUGUAAAUCUAUUUGUCGUGAUUGUUGUUCCAGUUGAGCCGGGCACAUCGGGCAAGGUCGUCAUGUCGGGCUGCCACAGACUCUUCGGCAAAAUCGGGUAUGCAUCCAGCUGGCUGCCCGGGAUCGGGAACGACUUCCCUCCACCGGGGGAUGAGGUGGAGAGAGAAUAGUAUUAGUCGGACCACUAGGCACGAUAGUAAGUAAGUACUUAAACUAGUACUCAGAUACUCCUCGUGCCCGCGGAUCCGGAUGUUGAACAUCAACAUAGACUUCUGGCUGCAACUCCGCGGAGCGCUGCGAUCUUCACUAAGAACAUCGAUGGAGAUAUUAGUUGAUGGUG